UGUUUGCGGAUUGGCUGCGGUUGCUAUGGGAGCGGCUCCCGUUGCUAUGGUAACGUGUCUUAAGGAGGGAUUUGGUCAAUCAGAGUUUGAGACUCGGAGCGUCGUCAAGCAGUUUCGGUGCUAACAUGCUAACAUGCUAACCGGGAAUGUUUACCGGUGAAAGAAAACAGAAAACCGAAGAAAAGAACCGGUAGAAAACAUCGGUCUGUAGCGGAGGGCAGCCGCAGUGACUGAUGGGAAACUGAGGACAAAGUUUGAAACUUUUAAACAGACUCCGUUCCUGCUAGCUGUUUGCUAGCCUGCUAACGGCUACAGAGCCGUUAGCAGUUGGUAAAGUUUGGAGCUGCGUGAGCUGCGUGAGCUGCGUGAGCUGCGGGCCGAGAGAGGAACCAUGACGGUGGAGGGAGUGCGGCACUCCCCGGUCCUGUCUGCCCUGUUCAGGACCGCAGAGGACUCCUCCGAGCUGCUGGGAGCCGCCCAGUUUAUCAAAGAGCGGCUGUACUUUGCCACGUUACGCAGUAAACCUAAAAGCACCGCCAACACUCACUACUUCUGCACCGAUGACGAGUUCCUCUACGAAAAUUUCUAUGCAGACUUUGGUCCUCUGAAUCUGGCCAUGUUGUACCGAUACUGCUGCAAACUCAACAAGAAGCUCAAGUCGUUUGCUCUGACCAGGAAGAGGAUUGUUCACUACACCAGCUUCGACCAGAGGAAGAGAUCAAAUGCCGCCGUGCUGAUUGGAGGCUACGCUGUGAUCUACCUGAAGAAAACUCCAGAAGAGGCCUACAGAGCUCUGAUCUCUGGAUCCAACGCCUCCUACCUGCCCUUCAGAGAUGCUUCCUUUGGGAAUUGCACCUACAACCUCACAGUGCUGGACUGUCUGCAUGGCAUCAGGAAGGCUCUGCAGCAUGGCUUCUUUGACUUUGAGACCUUCGACGUGGACGAGUACGAACACUACGAGCGGGUGGAGAAUGGAGACCUGAACUGGAUCGUCCCGGGGAAGUUUGUGGCCUUCAGCGGACCUCAUCCUAAGACUAAAGUAGAGAAUGGUUACCCUCUCCAUGCCCCCGAGGCGUAUUUCCCUUACUUCAGGAAACAUAACGUGACCACUGUCAUCCGUCUGAACAAGAAGAUCUACGACUCCAAACGCUUCAAUGACGCCGGCUUCGACCACUACGACCUUUUCUUCGUGGAUGGCAGCACGCCCAGUGACAUCAUCACACACCGCUUCCUGCACAUCUGUGAGAGUAUGGAGGGAGCCGUAGCUGUCCACUGCAAAGCUGGCCUCGGCAGGACGGGCACUCUGAUUGGCUGUUACCUGAUGAAACACUACCGGUUCACGGCGGGGGAGGCCAUCGCCUGGAUCCGGAUCUGCAGACCGGGCUCUGUGAUUGGACCACAGCAAAACUUCCUGGAGGAAAAGCAGUCAGCGAUGUGGUUGCUAGGCGACAGCCAGCGUUCCCAGAAGACCAAGCUGGAGGAGAAGGUGGUGUCUCACCUCAUCACCAGUAUGGAUGACCUCACCUUAAACUCCGCCCACAACAGCAACCUGUGCAGGUCCCCGAGCUCCGACCGUCUGACCGAGGUCUCGCACACACAGAGUGAGUCUGUGGACGGCGGACCGGGUCUCACUCAGGGGGACAAACUGAGAGCCUUAAAGAGCCGACGGCCCCCCCGCCCUGCCACCACCGGGGCCCUCAGAGUGGAAGAGAUGAAGAUUCACAGCAGAUCAUCCUCACAGCCGCUCAGAUUGUCGAUGGGUGUAGGUCAGGGCCCCUCCUCUCCCCUCAAGUCCUCCAAGUUCCCAGCAUCCUCUGCUUCUGCUACAGCCAAGAGGAUCGGAAGAAGUCCGUUGUCAUCGGCGUCCAACAUCAGGAGCUCGCGGUUGGCCAGCUCUCUGGGUGAUCUGUACGCUGCAGACUUGGAGGAGGACAAAAACUCUCCAUACUCCUCUCUUCCUCCCUCCUCCUCCUCAUCCCCUGUGUCUCUCAGCCCCUCCCCUUCCUCUCUGGUCCCGCCCUCUCUGGGUCGUUAUGGUAAUGGUACUCGCAGCGUGCAGCACGAGAUCAACAACAACAGCGGUCUGUACGGGGUCUCUGUGGCGCCCCCUGCAGGGAAAAGCUCCGGUUUCGCCCUCAGCAGCAAACCGGGGCCUCAGGACUUCAGCCCGUACAGGGGCCCGGGGCCCUACAGUGCUCUGAAGGGCCCGUCAGGACGCUACCUGAGCCGCUCCAUACCUUCUCUUCAGUCUGAGUACAUCCAGUACUAGAACUACAGAGCUGACCUGAGGACCCAUUACCCACAAUGCCUCCUGUGUGGGACCCUAAUAAAGAGUUCAGCUCAGUCUGAACUGCAGAGACUGUUCAUACUGUAUGUUAACGAGCAGUGUGUUAACGAGCAGUGUGUUAAUAUGAUGUAAUCUACACGUGUUUGGCUGCGACAGAAGAUAUAUUUAGAUAGGACACAUUUUAUAUUUCUUAUUUGUUUUAAAGAAGUUUAAUUGUUUCGUCUGUUUUUGAUAAACUGAAGGAUCAGCUGACGACCACUCUCUCUGUCGUCAUGGUUACAGUAUUUACUUCCUGUUUGUGAUCAGUUCACCAGCAGAUUCACUUUCUAACCACAGCAAUAAUAACAGUAGGCAAAGAAGAAGAAGAGAUAAACUCAGGGUGUGUGUGUGUGUGUGUGUGUGUGUGUGUGUGUGUGUGUGUGUGUGUGUGUGUGUGUGUGUGUGUGUGUGUGUGUGUGUGUGUGUGUGUGUGUGUGUCUCGGG